AUGGAUCUGUCCAAGCAGACUCUUCGGCCUCAGCGACCGAUUUUCCCAAAACCGCCCCAUUAUCGUAAAAAUGAAGAAACAUGUCGAGUAAAACUUACCAAGCGGAGCUCCGCGUGCGGGGAGUGCCGAGCACGCAAGACAAAGUGCGAUGGAGCCCGUCCCAAAUGUCAGGCUUGUGUGCCGCGAGAGACCGCAUGCGAUUAUCGCCUGACCGAAUCUCGACAGGUUAGAAUGCACAGAAGUUCAAUGCAGGAGAAAAAAAGGGCGGAAGUCUCUCAUGAGCUACUACAACUCAUGAAGAGCUCGUCAGACAAUGAUGCCAUCAACAUUCUCCUUCGUCUUCGAGCUGGUGCCGAUCCUGAGGCUGUUGUGAGACAAGUCAAGGAUGGCAAUUUGCUAAUGCAACUUUCGCUUGUGCCCGAAACCCGCCGGCGAUAUGAUCUACCGUACAUCACAGAGAUGCCAGCCUUCCUCCUGACACCAGAAAAUCCCUAUAAACCUCCCUCCACGUUCUAUGCGCAACUCAAUCUACAAGACCCUGGGAUAAGCUCCUGUUACACGAAGCCGUACCAUGCUGCAGUAGUUUUCGACGCCUUGGUCGACAAGGUCACAAUAUCGACGUGGACCACUAUCAUCUCCAGUGACGAGUUACUGAGACAGCUAUUGCGAUCAUUUUUUCAACAUGCUUACGCGGAAUGGUUUCCAUUUCACAAAGAUUUGUUCUUGUCAGAUAUGGUGGCGAACCGAACACAAUUCUGCUCGCCGCUCUUGGUGAACGCAGUCCUUGCCAACGCCUGCUACAGCUCCUCGAGUCUUCAUGAUCGCGCCAAGUACUGGAUACCGGACAACUUGACCUACAAGUUCACAGCAGAAGCGAAACGACUUUGGGAUGUCGAGAAUGCAAGCGGCCGCAGGUGCCUCACGACAAUACAGGCAUCGCAGAUUCUGAGCGUCAUUAUGGACUUCAAUGGCAUCAAUGCUCUUGGACGGACAUACACUAAUCAAGGUCUGAACAUGGCUUGCGAUCUUGAUCUGUUCAGAUCAAUCCCAGAAGGUAUUAACGAACAGAUGCGCAAGGCGCGCAUAUGGACUGCAUGGUCGCUGUACGCCUGGCAUUCAAUGAUCAGCUAUUAUUUUCAUCAAAGUCCGAGAAUUUUAGAGCCGCCCGCCGAACCACUUCCCGAGAAUCCUCAGUGGUAUGGGGAAAUCUAUUUGCAGUAUCCUCCAAACGAAAAAUUGAUUCCAAUGCGGUUGAAUCAUUCGUUUAGAACAAAAUGCCAACUCCGCAGCAUCAAGAGCGCCAUCUCCCAGCGAGCAUUCGAUGACACAAAUCUCGAGCGCGGUGCGUGGCUGACCCCUGCAGAAACCAACGUGUUCUGCUCCAAACUCAAUACCUGGUUUGAAACCUUGCCAGAACACUUGAACUCUUCUCGCGUCGUGUUUCCUAAGGAUAUAGGCACUCAUCUGGAAUAUCUCAGCGUCAUCACAGACCUUCUACUUCCUGGUGUAUCUGAGGACAUGGAAUACAACGCUUUGACAAGAGAAUCACCGACCGGGGCAUCGAUUGAAUCGCCUGCUAUGAAAGUUCUAAACGCGAACCGGUCUAAAGAAACGCUCUUACGGUCGUACUUUCUCCGCCAUAGCUUUGACAACUUCGAUCCCAUGCUGGUCAACUUCAUUAUUGAACGGCUAGGCGCCAGCAUAGCGGACCUAGGCGCCGACCACCCAGCUGCUCUUCAUCAACGGCUACCCGUCAAAGAGAUACUUCGGUCCACACUGAUACUUUGUGCAACCGGACUUCGGGCUCAAGCAAGGAAUUACUGUGUCUGUAACCUGGCGUACUACGGACUCCAAAGUCAAAUGCGACCAGAAGAUCUUCAGCUACUGUUGACCUACGCAAAACCACCAGAAGAAACGGACAUGCCACCCUCGGAUCACGACGCCGUUACAUCGUGGCCACUUCCAAUCAUCCGCAUGAGCGAAGAUCCGAAGAAAUCUGCACUGAGCAAAAUGGUUAAAGACUAUCAUGCUUCGAAGGGUGGAACAGAUAGUAGAUCGACAUUUCCUCAAGCGUGUCCCUUGAGCGCGAUCUGCGACUGAUGGAUAUCAUCUGUAUUGGAGCAAGGGUCUCAGUGCCUCAUGGUUGGUUUACAUUAACUCGUGAGCUUCCGAUUUCUGGCUUGAGAAUUCAGGUGUCGACCCCAAACAACGCUCGUGAACGCGCGGUUAGGUGGCACGGCCACGCGGAAGGAUCGCACAAUCCGUCGAUACGAAAUGUCGGGCAUAAUCUACCACGGAUACCAACGUUCACGAGUAGCGAAAUAGGCCGUCUGAGCAUCAGAGUCAAUCGCCCUCCAGCAAAAUUUACGGGUUCGACGCCUGCUUUGACAAAAUGUGAUCGGUCCCGGCUUUUUUCACCAUGAAGAAAAGAGGAAAUGACGUCAUACUCGACCUCAGAAGCUUCUCGUCUCUUCGGCGCCAUGGCAGGGUCAUGAAUAGCCAGAGUACAGAGAUACGAGAUGGUCUCAAGCACUACAGACCGCUUGCACCGGCUA